UGUUUUGAUUGUACAUGUUGGUAUUGUGUGGAGUGGAAUAUGUGCAAAUUAAGUAAACGUUCUGAUCUAUAGUUUCAUAAAUAUAGUUAAACUUAACUCCCUCUAAUAUGCAAAAUUCUGUGCUUGGUGUGGACUCUUAACACUGCAAUUAUCAAGAUUUUAAAGAUGCUGAAACUGCUGGUCCUGUGUUUGAUUAUCAAAGCAACUGUUUCAGCUGUUGAAAUGGAUGAGACAGAAGGAUCAGCUGAUAUUGGAAGUGACGAUGAAGACUUUGUAGAUCAUGUGAAAAGAACAAGUGUUAAUCAUAACUUGGAAAACGCUGGGAAUUCCGAUAAGUCAAGAGGAGACAUUAACGACGGGGUCACCACCAUCAUCAUCAUUGCAGCCGCGAGCACGACUGUGCUGAUAUUAGUCGUGAUAGGAGCCAUUUUUCUGGUCAAACACCACAUGCACAAUCUGCAUCAAGGGAUGUAUGCUGUUCCAGCAGAACAGGCUCAGAAAGGGACAAUCUAAUCACCAAGAUCUCUUCCCCAUUCAACACCUGCCAUGGAGCCCUUGCAUGGGGCGCUGAGGGCAAAGCAGCCAGCAUGGGAAGCCUAAUAUAACCCUCUUUGCACUCUUAGUUCUUCUUUGGCUUUUGACUCUGUCUCCUCUGUAAGUCGCAUUUGUUCACAUGCUGAAUAAUUCAUACACUUGUUAGGUCAAUCAAUACUGCACACUCUUUGAUCCACCUUUUUCCCAUCUUGCCAUUUUCCUCUAAUCCCCCCCAUGCUUAAAGUGCGAUGCCACACUGUGCCUUGGGAAAGAUCAGGGCUAAUUUUUGCACUCCAGUCACUGUGGGACCUGAAUAGGACAGAGUUGGAUGAGAUCUAACCAAGUCCGUUAUUGUAUUAAAAAUCCUGUAAUGCAGACACCUUCUCAGUAAUGUACAGUAACUUACGGGUGGUUUUUAGCUAGUUUAACCACCACAUACUAUACUCAUAGUACAUCAAAUAAUAAAUGGCAUGUUACAGAAAGCACUGAACGUGAUGCAUUUAAAAUAUUUAGCAGACACUUUUAUCCAAAGUGACAUGCAUUUUUGAGAAAGGAGGGUCAGACAGUCCCUGGAAUAACUGGGGGCUAAGGGCCUCGCUUGAGGACAGCAAUAAAAUCACACAAUUUGAACUAGCACCCUUCCAAUCAUAAACACACUGGCUCGCUAAGCCACACACCACCCCAAUAUCACAAGUAUAUGUUUUUUAACACAGAAAGGAUUUCCUGCCCAUGUUCUUGUUCCGUCAUUAUUCUGAAGCAGGAGGAAUGCAUCUGUCUAUUUUUACCCUUAUGAUCUUAACCAUCCUACACAUUAUCACUACCGGAAUCUGCUUCCUGAUGUACCACAAUACCAAAUAGCCAAAAGCUGUCCAGAACAAACAGUGAUUUAAACAGUCCCUUGUCCCCCAGCAUAUUUUAUUUCCUAUUUGCCAUGCAUUUACCCUGACCUUGCACUGUAACAUUUUUGUAAAUAGCUUUGAAAAGUAGUCGUGGCAAUAUAAGGUUUCAGAUGACAGGGUGGAGAGAGAAUCAAAUCAAGUGGGACAAAUUGACUGGGAAACACUCCACAAUAAACAUCUUUCAUUUAUACCUUUCACUGUUUGAGUGGAUCUGUUCACUUCCUCUUUUAUAGAAAACCAUCUUACCCACAGGCUUUGGAACAUGAGGAAUUGGAUACAAUAACUUUUUUAGUAGCUCCAGAAUGCUUAGAAAAUAUCCUGGUGUGAGAAAUUGGCAGAAUCUUUUUUGCCAUUGUAUGAAAAGCGAGAUUACGUAAAACAGCAUGAGUCAAAUGAAUUGGUUGUCUACAAAGGGAAGCUAAUUUAAAAAAUUGUUUGGUAAAGUGAAAGGCAUACAUUAUUAUUUUGCUUGACCUUACAGCUAUGAUAUCAUUCAGUAGUUAUUAGCAUGGCUGAACACCUUCAAGGAAAUGGAAAUUGUUUUUUUUCCUGCUCAAGUUUGUUUUUUUCUGAUUGCACUUUACUUACAAUGCAAACAGUUUGCAGUCUGUUUGUAUACUGAAAUCCAUUUUAGCCUGUUAACCUACCAUAAUCUGGAAGAAUUUCAAAUUUGAACAUUUCAUUAAUGUUUGUUUCUUUCGCUAUAUCCUUUAUAUGAGUUGAAAAGUAAUUUGUGUCUUGUUUAAGACAUACCGCAAGCAAUGUAUUGUGCAAUGAGCCAAUGAAAUUAGGAAAUGAUUAUGGACAAAGCAAUCAUCACUGAAAAAAUAUAUAAGCCUUGUAAAUCUGCUAUUUUUGCACCAAAGAUAAUUAUUUGGAACCUAAUGUGCUUACCAGCAAAGUACAUAAUUCAUAACUUUGUAGCCAGAUCUUUUUAUGGUGUUUUUCUUGUGAAUGUCAGAAGUUGUCCAGCACUUUCUGUUCCUUGCAGUGCUGGUCUUUGCGUUGGAAUGGAUUAGCAGGGCUGUGCUUGAAUAGAACAGAAAUGUGUUUAAACAAGUAAUGUUGCUGAAGUCCAUGAAAUACUUUGUCCUUCACUCCUAAAGUAUCUGAAUGGCCUUUUUUUCCUGUAUAAAAUCUUCCGCCAGUCAAUGUUUAGUGGGCUAUACAAUGUCCUCUUAUUAGUUGUGGCACAACAAAUUCAAAUGGUCGUUAACCCCCCCACCUUGCAGUUUUUCGUCAUCUUGAAAUAACUGGACUGUCCAUUCCUUCUCUGUAUUAUUAUGUUAUAUUUUUAUAUUUGCUUAGUUUAAUCAGGAGAUAUUUAUGCAUAAAUACAAAUAUAUAACGGGUGUUUUUGUUGUCAAAAUGCAAUAUGAUACUUGUAGCAUGUUGAAUGUAAGUCAAAUCCAUGUGAUAUUUUUGUUUGUUAUUGAGAAUUUCACAUUUACAAUAAAUCAUAUUUUUUCUGUUUUGCAGUUAUGGGUAAGUGGUACAAUGGGCCUGUUUGUCUGGUUAUUUUUUUUUUAUUAUUGAAAUGUCUUAUAAAGAUUAUGUAUUAUUGUAUGAUUCCAUAAUCAACUCUGUAACUGAUUACCACAACUGGUUGAUUAAUGCAGUAAAAGGAGAUGAGCAAUGUCUAAAGGAGACAAAGUGUAAUGCUCCUAUAUUUACUGUUGGUUUUAUUGCCUGCCCAACCCACUUUGUCAAUGUUUCUCAGACUAAUCUGUGUACCUAACAGUUGCGUACUUAAAGGAUCACACCUUGGAACAAGGAAAAAAAAAAAAACAGACAUCAUGUUUCAGUUGGAAAUGUGGAUAAGAAAUUUGAUACUGGCUUAUAUAUGUAGAUAGUAAAAGGGGUUUGAUAGUCAACAUAAGCACAAAAUUGCAUAGACCAUUUACCAGAAGGUUUAAGCAUGACAUUUUACAUUGAAAUUUUAUUAACAGUUGGUAUGUGAUUAAUUAUCCGUUGUAUAUAUUCAAACACGUACGUGGACCAAAUAAUAAUAAAUGGUUUCUGCUGUA